AUGGUUGUGGAUGAUGUAAAACUACUGACUUACUUCAAGGGAGAGAGAAUCAAAUUGACCCUCAAGGCUUCAUCGUUCUUCGGGGUCGUGAAACGUAUUUACCCCAACAAAGCUUUGAUUUUGGCGGACGUUGUCAAUAGUGAUGGCUGGAGUUUUCCCGGAACAAAAAUUUUCUUUGGCCAUGAGAUUCUGAAUGUGGAAUUUACCAGUGAUGGGAACGGUGACCGUGAAAAUAUUCACCGUCACAAACCUGAGGACCACUUGGAUGUAGCAAAGUUUCAGCCAUACAGGAAGACAGGCACAUUGGAUGAUGACGAGGAGGAAGAAGAGUACAUCAACUUCGUAGUUGUUGAUGAGUUUCAUGAGAAGUUUGGACCUACUAUAAUGCACAUCAAGAAACAGCGCGUGAUCGCUGUGGGAGCAGAAGGAGUUGAGGUAUUUAAGAAUGGACGACUGUGUUGGCUGCAGAUUGCCACUAAAAACAAAGUAUACCUAUUUGAUGUCCUGUUACUUGGAGCCCGGGCUUUUAAGAAUGGCCUCGCCAUGAUCCUGGAGAGCAAGCACAUUUUAAAGGUCAUCCAUGACUGCAGAGCUAUUGCUGGAUGUCUGAUCGCUCAGUUUGGAGUAAAGCUGGCAAAUGUCUUUGACACUCAGGUGGCAGAUGUCAUGUGCUUCUCCUCAGAGACGGGAGGUUUCCUUCCUGACAGAGUCAGUACUCUCCAUGAGGUGUUAAGUCUCCAUCUGAGGGUGCCCCCCUCCCAGCUUUCAUCUCUUCAGAUGAAGUCACAGUUCACUAAGGAAGAAAGCGAGAUGUGGCACAUGCGGCCUUGUCCGUUACCCCUGCUGAAGGUGAUGGCUCUAUCAGUGAUCCACCUACAGCCGCUCAGACUGGUCCUGCUGGACACGCUCAUGAGAGACUACAUGGCUCUGGUUGAUUCCUACCUCAGCAGCAGCCAUUACCAGCCCGAUGAACUGGCGCACGUUGGCAUGGAAAGUGUGUUGGAGUUGCCCAGAGACCUGAGGCAGCUGGAGGUAAUGCGUCGCGAGAGGCACGAGUGGGCUUCCAGUCACUAUCCACUCACAGAGCAGGGUCUGCUGGCUCGCUUUAGCCCCAAACCUCAAUCUUCAUCCCAGGCCUCACCUGCUGUAGAAGAAGACCAAAGGAAAAACCAUCCAGAUGUGUCUGAACCUGCAAGUGUAGAAUCUCCUUCAUCAUCACCACAGGAGCUUCUUGUUAACCAGUCUGCAACUAGCCCUUUGAGGGUCACCAGUGGGCCUGCUGUGGAUGCUCAGGAUCCUGCUCCUGCCACUGUGUCAGACCUCACCAAUAAAGAGUCCAUCAACUGUUCUCUGUCAGCAGGUAUGGGCAGAGGGGACGCAGGAGUACGAAUGGAUCUCAUGGGAAGAGAAAGGCUCUUUGGGAAAGAGCAGCCAUCCAACGCCACUUUUCCUUUCAUAGGAAGAGGAAGAGGCUUCCUUCUCCACUUACCACCCACUCAGAUCCCCAUUGAGAGUGCUGGGGACUUCAAACGUCAGUGUAGUGUGAAAGCGACUGCUUUCCAGGAUAAAAUGCCAGAGCCUGGCCUCAAUGAAAGUAACCCACCUAAAGAUGUUUGUGGUUUGAGUGGAGAAGAAUCUACAUUAAGUCCCCAGCCAAUCUCAUCUUCACUGAGCCAAUCAUUCAGAUAUUAAAGUAGUCAUCACAAAGCCUUUAUGGAAAAGUUACAAAUGUUUACUCUUUUACACCGUGUAAUUCCUUAGCAUGACCAGUAGGUGGCAGUAAAUGUUCUUUUUUUGUUUGUUUGUUUUCUUUUGCAAAGAUUUGUUUGACAUUUGUCAUUUAUGUUUCUGGAAAAAUAAAAA